AUGGACUUCUCCAAAUCUUCAUUCGAUCCCGAUUCAAGCUCGCGCCGCUUGUCAGCCUCAUGGAUUCGCGAGAGCUCAGCUCAGACGGUUAAUAAUGAAGUUUUACCCUCCUCAGACAUAGCUGUAGCUCAGCUGGCAGUCAUGGGUUUAUGGAUUGGUCGAAAUUGUCGAGAAAUUACAAACAAUACUGAUGCUAUAUUCCGACUGGAUACACAGGCCGAUAGCGGCGGAUUUGUUGGCCAAGGCUACUCGGCGUCGAUCAUCAACGCGACUAAUACUAUUAUGGUCAAUAAUGUGUCCCGGAAUGGAGCUCAUGUUGUCCGAAAACACGUGCGAUCCUGGGGCCUGGAGGGACACGAUACGGCGAUGGAUUUUCUGCGCGAGGUUCGUGUCUUGACACAUGAGCCGAUUCGCAAACACCUGAAUAUCAUCUCGCUCAUUUCGUUUGAGUGGAUGUUUUGGCCUGGAGAGGAGCCUAGUCUUUCGCCUCAGUUGUGCCUUGAGCGAUCGGACCUGGGCGACCUGGCUAGCUUUCAAAGCGCGAACAGCUUGUCCUAUCAUGAGAAGAGAAACAUAUUCCUUGAUAUUGCCCAUGGCCUUGUCGCGUUGCAUGAUUCGGGGGUUGUCCAUGGAGAUAUUAAAUCUGAGAACGUGCUAAUUUUCGAGCACGAGGGUGUAUACCAAGCGAAGAUCUGCGACUUUGGUUUUGCAGUAUUUUUAGCCGAUAUCAAAGACGACAAAGCUUGUCUGCUUGGGGGAACAAUUCCGUGGAUAGCACCUGAGUUCAGAAGAGAACUUCCCUACCCGCAUUAUUUUCUCAAAUUGACCGAUGUCUAUUCGUUAGGUCUUCUUUUCUGGAGAGUCCUUCUGGAAGGGAAAAAUCCAUUCGAGAAUGUCUUGCUAAAAGACAUCAGAGGUGUCGAGCAGGCAAAGGUUGCCAACCCGCCGCUGCUUCACUAUGCACAGGCUUCCAUAGUUUUGCGUCCUGAAUACGGCCCUUUUAUUGAGGAGAUAUGGACUCUUCUCGCGUACACGAUUCAGAAAAAUCCUCUAAAGCGGAAGCUUCGUGCUGCAAUUCGAGGGUUGAGUAGCGAGUGGCGCCCCAUUUCAAAAGCCUUACCGCAGUUAUCCAGCAACGCCCUGGCCUCCGCUGGAGACCUUUUCAACAUAAGAAACAUAUGUCUCCCUGUUCGCUUGCGAAUGAUGAAACAUAUCAGGAGUAGCGCCAUGCAAAUGAGCAAUUCGUCUGAGUAUAAGUUUGCCAAUCAAGACCAGAUUCCACUUGCUCUCGGAGUCAUUGAUGUCGCUAUAGGCGACGGGGGCUUGGACUUGGACGAUGAUCCAACCGAAGCACUGAAAUGGAUUACAUCGCUUGCCAAUAGCUCAUACAUUCCGAUGCAAGCAGUAAUUCUUCGGACGUACGACUAUUUUGACAAAGAUUGGCCUUCAGAAUUAAAACAGAAGGCAAACGAGUACCUCGCCAACGGAGUCGUCAAUGGAUCCGUUACUGCGGCCUUGGACUAUGCAAAGUAUUGGCCAAACCUAGAAUUCCAAACUCGGAGCGAACCGGAGAGUCUCUUCCUCAGCAGCAGAACAUUCUACGGAAACGGUACAGGUCUUCAUCUCAGCGAGAAAGCUUUUGACAUCCAAGAUAUCCCUAGCCUCUAUCAAAACAUGAUAUCACUAGGAGGCGAAUCUCCCAUAUUGUGGAAUAUGUAUGGCUUGAAAAGUGGAAACACUCUUCUCCAUGCCUGUGCAAUGCUUGGACUUCCGGAAGUAGCAGAAAUUCUCAUUUCAGAAUUCCCUGUUGAUAUCAACGCACGCAACGACAACGGAGAUACGCCCCUGCUCGCUGCUUGCCGGAAUGGGAAAUUCCCAAUGGCCUUCAAAUUGGUGGCAAAGGGAGCACGUGCUAAUAUAUCAAACAUCAACGACGAGACACCUCUACAUUGGGUUCUUAAUAUCCCAGACGAGGAUUUUCAUUUCAAUGGACAGACUGUUAAUAAACUGAGCAUAGUUAUUGACAGUUUGCUAUACGCGGGAGGAGAUCUCGAGGCUCAGGCUGGGGCUUGGGCAUCACGGGCUGACAAAUUUCCCUCGUUAUUCUGGACAAGCGGAACUCCUCUUCAUCGCGCUGUUGCGAGACGAAAUCUCCCGGCAGCAAGGAUUUUGAUUCAGAAAGGCGCAAACCCGACAAGCAUCAGUGAGGAUGGCCAAGUAUCUCCUCUCGAUCUAGCCAUGCUUCACCACAAUACGCCCAUGAUCCGACUUAUAUUAGAUAAUUGCUGGUUCAAUUUGAACAAACAGAGUGUGACUGGACAUACCGUGUAUAGCAGAGCUUUGUCCCUGGGCUCAACCUUCGAGAUGAUCAUAAUUCACGGUAAAGAUUACCCAAGAGCAGUGAACGAUACAUUGGAUCUCUUAAUCGCCCGCGGAUUCGACGUCACAUGUGCGGAAGUCGAUACUACUGGUGGCCAUGUAUACGAGCUAGAUGCUUUAUUCGUUGCAGUAUUCUAUGAGAGGCUUGCUUGGGUACAAUACUUCCUCUCGUCCAAGCAGUGUAUGCAAAUCCUCGACAUCAACAGACGCCAAGGGGAAUACAGCAUGACAGUCCUCCACCAAUCCAUCCACACUCACCGAAAGUCUAUCUUCAUCUCCCUACUAGAUGCAGGAGCCGAUCCGAAGCUGAAGUGUUCAACGUGGUCGAUCAAACAAACAAAUAUAGACAUGGAAACAACAAGUUUACACCUCGUGGCCCAACAAGGUGAUCCCGAUCUUUUCUUCACAACCCGCCUCUUAGAAUAUGACCUUGACAUUGAUGCCGCGGACUUCUACGGCAUUACACCGUUUACAUGUGCCGUUAUUGAAGGUAACCUGCACAUAGCGAAUGCAUUGUUAAACCGCGGCGCAGACAUAAACAAGAGGACGGGACCGAGGGGAGGAAAUCCCGAGCACCAACAGACCACUCUUGCGAGGAUACUUACCAGGGACUGUACCCUUGUCAUAAAUAGACUGAAGUAUUUAAUUUCUGGUCCUAAGGACGUCGAAUCUGCACUUUUUCGCCAUGGUCCCGCUGCAGAAUUUAUGGUGAGAGAAUCCGGAAGCGCACUCCACGUAUUUUUGAACGCACAUAAAGGCAGAGAGGAUUCACCGUUUCGAACAUGCCUUGAAGUUCUGCUAAAAGCAUUUUCGCAGCAGUCGCAAUUGGAUUAUCAGGAUGACAAUCAUAAGACGCCGCUGCAUAUCGCUGCUUCCCAUGGGAACGCAGCUGCUGUGGCAGCGCUAUUGACUGCCGGAGCGACAGUGAACGUUCUAGAUGGGGAAGGUCGAAGUCCGACAGACCUUGUUCUACUCUCUAGCUGUGGAAAGGAGAAAAUGAAACGGAUAAUUGACAGACUGGCGUCCCCAAUGUGA